UUUUAUAACUCAGAAGUUGUCAAAACAACGCUACAUUUUAAAAAGAUUUUUGUGAAAGGGAAAGGCUUCGUUUCACACGCAGUCUAUAGUAGAAAAUUACUCUGAGUAUUGUCUACGAGUAACAGCGGCUGUUAAUUACAUCGCGUGGAACAAAUGGCAUUACCAACGACAACCACAAUAGAUUUUAGAACCCUUGUAGACCAGGCGUGCAGAGCUGCUGAAGAAUUUGUCAACAUCUACUAUGAAACGCUGGAUAAGAGAAGAAGGGUACUGACCAAACUUUACUUGGAUAAAGCUACGCUAGUAUGGAAUGGAAAUGCUAUUUCAGGCCAAGCUGCACUUGGGGAAUUUUUUGAAGCGUUGCCCUCUAGUGAGUUCCAGGUGCAGUCGCUGGAUUGCCAACCUGUCCAUGAACAAGCAACUCAAGGUCAGACAACGGUACUGGUGGUGACAGGUGGAACAGUCAAAUUUGAUGGGAACAAACAGCGCUAUUUUAACCAGAACUUCCUCCUGACCGCACAAGCAACACCUUCCAGCUCCCUCCCUGUCUGGAAAAUUGCUAGUGAUUCUUUCCGCUUCCAGGACUGGACUAGCUAAUGCUACUGAAGAUGGGUGUAUUUCCCUGCAGAUUUUAGGUUUACUUGUUAAAUAUAUUCUUUCAUUUAAUUUGUUUUAAAACUAUUUUAUGAGCUUCAUUGAUUUCUUUCAGUGAUGCUUUAGUUUUUUUUACUUCUGCCUUUUUAAUUUACUUUAGUUGUGUAUAUAUUGUAAAUAAAUUCCCCUUGCCUUUAA